CCAUAGAUACUCUGCGAUUGUACACUAUCAUGCUGGGUUAAGGCAGUAGAUUUUUUAGUUGAUGUUUAACUAUCAUUAAGAGUUAUACACUAUAUUAAUUCAAAUAACAUCUUAUGAACUACUAAACUACGGGUGUUGCGGAGACAUACAACAAGUGAGAACUAACCAAGGAUUAUUAAUCACAAGAUAUAAUUCCACCCGUGUGUUCACACUGAUUGGAUUUCUACUUAACUACAAGAGCCUAGUAUUUCUGAUACCUGUCAUUUGUUCUCCACAUAAAGAAACAGCAAGUAUCCUUUACCAGAUUAGUAUAUAGAGUGCUAAACUUUUAUAAAUGGCUGGCAUUGUUUGGACAGCAAGCCGACCAAUCGCAUCACAUCGACUGUAACAACACAGGGUUUUGUCAAAGGACUGGAUCAUUAUUACAACACGAAGGUCAUAAGUGUGUAUAAAACAAUCGCUUUUGGAAGGAGCUUAAGACCAUAUUGUAACUGAGAUCAGGAAAUAGGAAAAGGUGGCGAUUAAAAACCAUCUUGUGUUAUACUAUUCAAGCAACAAGUGUUCUGGCGAGAGCAUUACAUGCGCUGUCGGUGGCAUCAGAAUAUUAAGAAAAAACAGCGGCUCUCAUCAAGCAAACAGUUCAGGCUGAUUAAUCAGAGUUGAGGUGUAUAAAAGAAGAGCACUGAAGCAGGGAAACACAACAAACUAAAGGAAUCAGUUAAAUUUAUGGCGGGUAAGACGAUGUGUUUAGAUAGAAAUUACUCAUGAGUAAAGGACGAAUAGAAAGCUUAUUGAAGCUGAAUCAGAACCUAUUCUUCCAAGACGAUAAAAGGAAGUAAACACACCAGCAGGCGCUGAUUGAAUUUACUGAGAUUAUUUUAAGUUUGAAAUUGUCGUCAACCUGAACGGAUAACACACCACUAGGCAUUCAUCUUUCAAACCACAUUAAGGAGAAAUUACAGAACGGCUUCCGUGACAAUCAUGGCACAGACUGGCAUAUAUCGCUUGGUCGUUAUCAUAAUGUGUGCAUUAAAGGCGGUGGUAUUAGCUGGACGAUUUUCUGGAACGCCACAAGAUACUGAGGUUGUAGAAUCCAAUAAUGCUUUGUACACGUGUACGGUACAAUCGUUGAAUGAUAACGAACAUAUAAAUUUCACCAAAGAUGGAGUUGUAAUAAAGUCAGAGGAACAGCCGUGGGAAAGGUUUAAAAUCAAACAUGUAGACGAUCUUAUAGUAAAAUUAACAAUUACUUUGGUUACACGUUCAGAUCACGGUGAAUAUUCGUGCCAGAUUCGUACAAAUACUGGCGAUGUCGUAGAGACAUCUCCUUCUGGGAUGCUUACUGUUCUAGAAAUACCAGGCGAAAAUUUUCCAACUUGUUCUUCAUCAAAACGUUACUAUGUUGUAGGUGAUACCGUGGAGUUAAAAUGUACGUCGGAAGAAACAAAUCCCUUACCACAACUACACUGGGGUUUGGAUCCUGAUAUAAAAAAUCCAUACUUCAGGAACUCAACCAAUAAUGGUAUGUUUUCUCUACACUACAAUUUUGUAGCAAAACAAAGUGAUAAUGGAAAAAGUUUCAUGUGUACACUUAACACACCAGUAGAUGCGACGAUUAAUAAAGUGUGUAAUUUUGGACCGCUUUCAAUCCAGUAUGCACCCAAUGUAACUGUUAUAAGCCAGGAAUACUACACAGGACAAGAAAUGGUUUUGAUAUGUAGUGCUGAAGGGAACCCCUACCCAACAUCAUUUUCUUGGUCUUUCUCCCAUACUCUUGAAGAAUCUCAGUAUGAAAUUGAAAACAACAAUCAGAUUUUACGGUUAGAAAACUUAAAACUGGAGGACAAUAAUUUAAAGGCAGAAUGCACUGCUACUAAUCCUGUUGGUAGUCGAAGUGCGGAAUUUACUGUGACUUUCAAAUCGCAACAGACUACCUCAUCUUCCUUUGAAGGAGAUGGCGCGAAAGUAGAUGGAAACGCUUUCCCAAAUACCUCGGAUGUACCAUCCGAAAGUUUGGUAGUUGUUUUAGCUAUUAUUUUCAUUUGUCUGUUUUUUGUUGUUUUGGUAUUAGUGAUUCCAAUUUGCGUAAUCAAGCUUCAUAAAAGACGUUCAGAUAUGAAUCCAAACCAACGCGAGUUACCACCGCAACCGACAGGUUACUACGAUCAAUUUAACAACUUUCAUAUUGGUAAUGAUCACAUACCGAAUCAAAAUAACAUUGGUUAUAAGACUAUGAGCAGCAGUAACGGAAGUGAAAAUAACUUUCCCAUCUUUGAAAGUCGAACCUUGCCUUUAAGUCACAGACUUCCACAAAGCAAUAUAAGUCAGGACUCUUGGGUAAUGACACUCCCAUUACGCCCACAUGCAGACCGAAAACUGACGCGCCAUAGAAGUGUUGAGAUUCAAGUUUCAGAGGACAGUUUUCCAAUUUAUGAAGAAGUUGGCAAAGCCCGUUGCAGGGCAAAUACGGAGAGUAAAUGUAUAAUGACAGACUCACCACUAAAUAAUUAUGGAAGGGCUGAAAAUUUUCUGGAAAAUAUCCACGAGGAAAAUGGAAUAGAGCAGAAAGAAAAAUCAAAGACAGCAAAGAGUCCGGAACUUAAUCCAGAAUUAAUAGUAUAUGCAAAAACAGAAUUUGUGUGAUAUAAUACUGGAAUCGCUCAAUGAGUAUGAAGUUAAUAGUGAAUAGUGAUUUUGUGAAUAUCAAUUUAUAUUUUGUAUUAGAAAAGUGAAUAUCAUCUUCAACUUGUAUAUCAAGAUGUUUGUUUUUAUAAUUUAUGGUUAACCUGAGAAAAUAUAGCUGGUUAUUUAUUGAAAGAAAUUGUACAUAAUUUUGAUGUUACUAAGACAGUGAUCAAAAUUCCAUUAUAAAUGAAGUUAGAAUUAUGCAAUGUAUAAUGUCCAAAUGGACAGUUCUAAGUUGAUCUAAUAUAUACUGGAAGUCUUAUCUAUGAAAAUAUACUGUACUUAUAUCUGUAAAAAAUAAAAGCAUUUCAAACACUGUAUACGAUUUACGGUACUUCCAAAUUAAAACAAGAUUUCAUUAUCUUUUAAAGAUGGUUAUUUUAAUGGGAUUUGCUAAACUUACAGCAAUGAAUGGCUACUUUAAAGUGGGUGAGACUGAUAUUAACCAAUCAGGAACUGACAUGUCAUGUUUUAUUGACAGCAGAGUAGAGGUUUAUUUAAGCAAUAACCCUUUUCUUCACACCACAAUCCCAUCACAAAAAGUUUUCCAUUCGCAUAAACUUCUGGGUCUGUCUAAUAAUAAUUCAACAUGAUAUACACAGAUGUUAAUUAUAGUAUACAAAUAUUGACUUCUCAUAAGGGGAAUGGUGAAAUCUAUAGCCCGGA